AUGCGAUGUGCUCUUCAAAUAUUCCUGCUCUACUAUCUGGUUAUUCCCAUCCGAUUAUUCUUGGCACAAAAUUUCGACUUUGAAGUUCCAGAAGAUAUCGCGGAAGGUACAUUGGUCGGCAAAAUUGUGCUGGAACCAAGUCUCAGCUAUCGACUAAAUGGCUAUAACCAGUUUGCAUCAGUGAAUAUUCACACAGGUGAAGUUCACAUUUCUGCACCAUUGAACCGAGAGACGAUUGCACCCAAUGGUACAAUUAUUUUGAUCUUAACUGCCGAACCGGGCGUAAUUAUUGCAAUUCGAAUCAGUGUACUCGAUAUCAACGAUAACAGCCCGACGUUCCCUUCAAAAUAUAUGAAUGUUUCAAUUGUCGAAUCAGCAGUUAUUGGUAGUCGAAUACGCUUACAACCAGCGAGCGAUCCGGAUUUAGCUGAAAAUGGCACGAUUGUAAAUUAUAAGCUUGAAGGUGGAAAAGGAUUUUUCACUUUAAUAAGGUCCUCGAACAGUACUGGUGGAGAUGUCUUGCUACUUGAAUUGCUAGCAAAACUGGAUCGUGAAACGAAAGAUCUAUUCAUUCUGAAUAUUUCUGCUUAUGAUGGAGGCAACCCAUCUCGUUCAGGCUACUGCAUAGUCUACGUAAACGUCUUAGAUGCAAAUGACAACCCACCAACAUUUCGUCAACCACGUUACGAUGUCCAGCUGAAUAGAUCGGAAUUGUCGGAUGCAACAUUAUUACGGGUUCAAGCUACUGAUGCAGAUGUUGGUGAUAACGGCCUUAUCAGCUAUCGUUUCAUAACGAAUCCUUCCGAAUACUUCAAAAUUGAUCACAACACGGGUAUAAUAACUAUUCAGCAUACUAUGCUGAACUGCUCAGAAGAUGAUUGUUUGCAAGACUGCUCGGGAAUGUGUGUUUUGACAGUGGAAGCAGAAGACCAAGGUGAACCAAAAUUAAUUGGUCGUACUUUGGUUUAUAUACAUCUCACAGAUAUCAAUUUACAUGAUCCCCAAAUCAAUUUCAGGAUCUACCCAACUAAUUCAGAAUUUGCAUGGAUAAGUUCAGAAACAGCUAUAGGUUCAGUAGUUGCCGUGAUAACGGCAAGUGAUCGAGAUGAUGGGCAAAAUGUUCGGAUAUCCAUAAUUGAUGGUAACAAUGAGAAUUAUUUUCGAUUAGAAAGUGGCAAAAAUUACGGUAUUUUACGACAAAACCGAUUAGUGGAUAAGCCGAUCGAGCAAUUUUUGCUGAAAUUUUGUGCAACAGACGAUGGCGUGCCACCACGUUCUUUGGAACGCGAUCUGAAGGUUUUUGUUAUGAAAUUAAAUGAUACUGCUCCAGUACUUGAAGAAAAUUUUGUAAAAGUUGAUAUUUUUGAAACUUCAACAAAGGGGUCAUUUGUUGCUGCGGUUCGAGCCUCUGCUGAGGAAGAUUUGCACUUUUCAAUUAUUGAGGAUGGCAAAAAUGAAGGACUAUUUUCGGUUGGUAAAAAUACAGGUAUCGUGACACUUUCCAAAGCAUGGCCAAGCCGCACGAAAUGGAAUUACGAAUUUGAAAUAAUAGUACGGAAAGCCGCGCCCAGUGAUAAAUUUUCGAUCUGCACAAUUCAAGUAGCAAUUAUCGAUGUGAAUGAUCACAAACCGCAAUUCCCCUCUUCUUUUUAUGAAGUUGAAGUGUCAGAAGACACUCCACCACUUACCGUCUUCUUUAAAGUUUCUGCAACUGAUGAGGAUCAUGAAAAUAACAGUGUUAUUUCGUACAGUAUAGAAGGCCCCCCUAAGGAACAAAUAUUUAUGGUCAAGGAAUUUUCUGGAGAAAUAUUGCUACGUACAAAGCUUGAUCGAGAAACUAAAAAGCUGCAUAAAAUUACUGUUACCGCUACCGAUCACGGGAAUCCGCCACGGAGUUCUUCAACCCUCCUUUUCAUCAACGUCUUAGAUGUAAACGACAAUGAUCCAUAUUUUGGCCAGGUUGAGUAUCAUGGUUACAUUGUGAGAGGGGAUCCACCGGGUACUCAUCUCGUACAGCUGGAGGCAUUUGAUGACGACAGUUCAAAAUUUGCGCAAAUAUCAUAUUUGUUUUAUUAUUCUGUCCCAGGUUUCUUGGGAUUGGACCAUGCAAGUGGAAGAAUGUAUCUGGCCACACAUGCCGAUUUACUUAACUUUGGACCGAAAAUGGAAGUCGUUGUGGGUGCGAAAGAUAACGGCGGUCAUUUGUCACGUAACAAUGCUACUGUACAUUUAUGGUUACUGGACAGUGUGCUUCAAGUACCGAAAUUCAUCCCGAACAACUGGUCCAUUGAAAUCAGCGAGAAUUCGUCACCGGAAAAAAUUUUGGCUUCAUUUUCUGUGCACUCAUCAUUUGAAGGUAUUCGUUAUCGGAUCAACACCACUGAUUUGCUGAUUGAUGAAUUCACGGGUCAAGUGCGAGCUCGUCGUUCAUUUGAUCGCGAAAUGGAAACUAGAAUUGGUUUCACAGUUUAUGCGGAUAGCGAAUGGUCCACUGCAAUGCACCAAGGAACAUUAAAUAUCCUUGACCAGAAUGAUAAUUCUCCAGUCUUUGAACUUAAUGGAACAGCUCAGUUUGUUCUUGAUUCUCGCUGGAUAGGGAUUGGUGCAGAAUUGUUUCGAUUACGAUGCCAUGAUCCUGAUGACGGUAACAACGGUCAUAUUACGUACAGUGUCAACAGUAGCUUUUUUGGUAUUAAUGCAGAAACGGGCAUUGUACAACUGAUGAAAUUUCCUAAUGGUUUGAAUCAGUUGCAAUUCUAUGUGACCGCAACUGAUGGCGGAGAACAAUCAAGACGUAGUACAAUCAGGGUUGUGGUAGAAAUCAAGGAAGAUGAAACAAUCUAUACAUUUCCUCCAGUAAUUUCACUAUCGAUACCAGAAAAUAUACCUUUGGGGACAAUUAUAACCAAUCUAGCACCCAAAAAUAUAACUCAACGUUUUGAAUUUCAAACAUCUGGAGUUACGGAAAGCCAUCCUGUCCAAAUUCUUCCAUCUGGUGAAGUUUUCAUUGCAUCCAAGAUCGAUCAUGAAAUUGUGAAUUACUUAUCAAUUUCUGUUACUGCUUUCAAUUCAGACAAAAAUUCAAUUCCGAGCAAGCACGAAUUCCUAUUUCAGCUUUAUAUAGCGGAUAUAAAUGAUAAUGCGCCGCAAUGUUCCAAGAAUAAUAAAUUUAUCGUUCCCGAAAAUAACAUUCCUGGUGCAAUUCUGGGACUUUUCAAUGGUAUUGACGAUGACAGUGGUUCAAAUGGAAUAUUAUUGUAUGAAUUGAUAGAUGAUAGCACGAAAACAUUCAGCAUUGAUCCGCAUACUGGAAUCAUUCGAGCAUUAUUGGUGUUGGAUUUCGAACUGGCCCAGUUCCACAAUUUAACCAUAAUUGUUACGGAUGGAGGCUUGUUGAAAACAAACUGUGCAAUAAUGAUUGAAGUGCAAGAUUUAAACGAUAACAUACCGCACUGGGAGCAGGAAUUUUAUCAUUUCUAUGUCUCAGCAAGAGCAGAAGAUAAUUUGGGCGGUAAAGUAGUAGCACGAGACUUGGAUUCUGCUCUAAAUGGUGAAGUUAGAUACAAACUGCAGCAAAAAUGGAUGCCGUUUAAGAUCAAUGAAAGCAACGGUGAUAUCACUCUGAACGGUCCUCUUUUACCAAACCAUAUCUAUAAUAUCACCAUAAUCGCAACAGAUAGAGGCACUCCGCCACUUUCUAGUGCAACACUCGUUUUCAUUCACACCGAUACAGAAGAAAAUUGUACACCUAAUUUUACAAAUUAUCCAAAUGAUGAUAUUGAGAUUGACGAAAGCUUGCUUGGACAAUUGAUUACCCAAGUACAUGCUGUUGCUUGCGGAGCAGAAGUAAUAUAUUCAUUAAGUUAUGGUAAUUCAAGUUAUCGUGUUCAAAGCAAUCUCGGACCGUUUUGGGUUGAUUCUACUGAUGGGAGCAUAUUUUUAACAAGAGGCCUGAAUGGAUAUGUUGGAAAGCGGAUCGAAGUAAUAAUUAAAGCUGAAACGACAUCACUUUUUAACAAUGUUACUUUUGGAAUUACGGUAGUGGGCAAAAGGAGUGGACAUUCUGGCACGGAUACAAUCUCAAUUCAUGUUCAAGAAAACAACAAUGUUGGCAAAGUAUGUGGCAAAAUAGAAACAUUGGGGAGAGAUUUCCAGUUAUUACGUCAAAUACCAGCCGGGAAAACAUUUCAUCUCCAAGAACAGAAUUUAAUUUGUGCUGAAGUGUUGGAUCGUGAACAAGUGAACUUCUAUCGUCUAGUCGUUGCUGAAAGUGAUAGUUUGAAGUCAAGGGUCAUUUCGGUUCAAGUGGAUGAUGAAAAUGAUAAUUCUCCACAAUGCUUCGGAACCAAGGCGAUUCUAGUUGGGUCUAAGUCGUUGUUCGUUCCAUGGAAUUGUUUAGAUAAGGAUGCUGGUUUAAAUGGAACAGUCGGUUAUAAAAUUAUAAGAAGUGCAAAAAUUGUUUCUGAAAUAAACGACAGUGGUUUCACAGUCAGUCCUUUCACAGGCGAUCCGGAAUAUUUUUCUGUAUUGGUUUACGAUCGACACACUAACAAUGGAUUUCGAGAUGAUGAUAAAUUGCGGAGGAGCACCGAGCUUCACUAUAUUUUGAUUUCGAGCAAUCCAAAGUUAGAGGCACCAAUCGAAUUCAAAAAGCAGUAUCGGCUUCAUCGAGAUAUUCAACCUGGCACAGUGUUUGGUACUAUAGUAGCGAAAACUGGUGCUACAGUUGAAUAUUUUACAACUUCGUUUAAAAAUGAAAAAAAUAUGAAUAGUCUGCAAUGGGCUGAUAUUGAUCGUCAAACGGGACAGUUGCAAAUAAACCAAAAGCCGGAUAAUCAUCUGGUUUAUAUGGAAAUCACACUAUUGUCAGAAGGAUUCACCAAGACGAUUACAGUGGGUUUCCUUUUGUCAAAUUAA